AUGAAGCCACACUUUCACCGAAGGUGCAACGUUGGACAAACUCUGCUGAUCUGUGCAGUUUUCCUCUUCAAAUCGAUCACUGAUCUCGCCGCUAUCGAUGGUCACGUCCUUCUCCCUCUCGCCACUAGCACCGGUGCCCUGGAACCACACUCUAUCGACGCCAUCGGCACGGCCAUUACCGCUACUUCGUCGCCGUACCGCUUCCUUUCGUCCACCACGACGUCCAGUCCCAGUCCGUCCGAGAGCACUGCCACGACCACGACUUCGUUCGGGCCGAGCCUCAGGAGCAUGGUGUUGGUAGUGCUUCCAGCCAAUUCUUCCACCGUUCAGCUUCGCCGAGAGUUUGGCAACUUUGCCGAACUGCUGCAGGGCAGCGACUUGGAGCUGGACCUGCAAGACGCCAGCUCGCUGGACAGCACACUCCAGUUUCGGGUCUGGCACGACAUGGCCUCGUUCGAGCGCUGGCUCGGGGAUCCUGCGUUCACCACCGUGCUCUACCUGUCGGCGGACGAGAGUGACAGCUUCAUCGGAUAUUGUGACAGCUUAUCUGCGCACUUGUCGAUGGCCUACCGGAAGUCGGUGCUCUUCUGGCCGUGCCCACGGACGCAGAAAACAGAAAAGUUCGUUCCCUCCUACGAAACAGUAUCGUUUGCAGUGAAGAGCAUCGCGCAGCAGCUUAAUUGGACCGAGGCAACCCUGCUGGCGACAGACUCCAACAGAGGAUUAGCGCUCGCGCUGGCCACGAACCUACACAUCCCGUACACCAUUCUGCACGCCAGCCCUGACGCGUCCCGACCGUUCAACGACAGCGUUGGCAAAGUCAUUAUCGUCUGUUCGCCGAUCGAUUCCCCACAAACAAUCAGCGUAAUCAAUCAACUGUGCCCCCGGUGCCGGAGGACGAAAAUCCUGCUCGUCGACAUGAUCGGCACGAUAUUCAACAGCAACAACGCGCUGUACCGGCGGCUGGCCGCGGAAGGCGACGGGGACGCGGAGCAGGCUGCCCAUCGGAGCAGGCUGCUCGUCCUGACGAUCCUGACCGAGAACUUCCGCACCAUCCUGCACCGGCUGCACGGUGUCGACCUGGGCGACUAUGAGCACAUCAGCGAGAACUUGCUGAAGAUUCGGCUAACCGAGCCGUCGGAGUCCUCGGACGAGGAGCCAGCGCUCGAUGGUGCGACCGCUGACGCUGAAGAUGCCGAACGCCGCCAGGCGCUGGUGCUGGAGAGCGUACUCCGGCUUGCGGCCAACCGGACCAGCUGUGACUUCCACUACUUCUUCGACCAGGUCGCCAACUGGUACGAGAUCCUGUCGCAAACCGUCGAUUCGGCCCGCUGCCGAACCCUGUUCGCUAGCUACUGUGCCGGUGGGACCGGGGACCUCGACACCAGCCUCUACCUCAAUGGCUCCGCGUGGCCUCCGGACGCCUCCAACCGGACGCUGGAGGCGGCGGCCGUCGAUGAAAUCGAGCGGUUUUGCGACCACUUCCUCGCCAGCUACGCCUCACUGCUCGGUGACGCCAACCCGGUGGUGGCCAAUGGCACAACCCGGCACCUGCUGUUCGGUGAACACUUUUACUUCUUCGACUUCCUGGUGGCCGUGAUGCGGGAUGCCGCUGGCAGUGCCGGGCAACUCCGGCCGCACCCGGUACAGUACGACUUUAUUGCGUUCGACUUCAAGAACUUCUCGCAUCACCGGACGGCGUCGGUCGUGUGGCGGCCACUGCUGAUCCUGCAGCAGAACCAGCUUCACCGCGACCGGUUCAACAUGCACCCGGUGCCGCCCGGCUACGCGGACUGGGUCACGGUCGAGGGCACGGUCCUCGGCACGAUCUGGCGGUGCGGUGUGCUGUGCUGGGCCGUCGUCGGGCUCGUGGCCCUCGUUGCCGUCGCGAUGGUGGUCGGAAGCAUCGUGUUCAGCAUUGCCGUGCGGAACUACAUCAUCAAGACCCGGCUGUCGAAGGGACCGAACAAGAUCGUCCUCUCGCCGUCGGACUUUGUGUUUCCGGUUGACAUGCGAAGGGUUGACGAGGGUAUCGAGGCGAUGCUGUGCUGCUGGCUGCAGCAGCUCCAGGAGUUCGGUGGCCCCGAGGUGGAGAAGCCGGACCUGCUGAAGGGUUCGAUCGGAUCGCUCAAGAACCUGGGACUGUCGGUGCCGACGAAGCCGAACUCGGGCAGCGAAACGCUCAUCCGUCACAGCAGCGCCGCCAUUGACCACAAGGCGCGCUACAAUGGUGAUUUAGUGCAGCUGAAGGAGAUCCCGUCCAGCUCGGCGUCGCACGAGCUGAAAACCAAGGCGAUGGAUCUGCUCGUGAUGGCCCACGGUUUACGACACGAGAACAUAAAUCCACUAAUCGGCUGGCUGAAUGAGCCUGCGAGGACGGCGCUGGUGUUCGAGCACUGCUCGCGCGGCUCGCUACAGGACGUGCUGAUCAUGGACGAAAUCAAGCUCGACUGGUCGUUCCGGCUGAGCCUGCUGACGGACUUGGUGCGGGGCAUGCGCUACCUGCACGCGUCGCCGUUGCGCGUGCACGGCUCCCUCUCGUCCCGGAACUGCGUGGUCGACGCCCGGUGGGUGCUGAAGAUCACCGACUACGGCAUGCUGAGCUUCUACGAAGCCCAAGGCAUCCCGCCGCCGGCGCGAACGGCCAAAGAGCUCCUGUGGACGGCGCCCGAAGCAUUGCGCGACUCGAAAGGAUACCCACGCGGCGGGACCCAGGCCGCGGACGUGUACGCCUUCGGCAUCAUCAUGCAGGAGGUCGUGGUGCGCGGCGAACCGUACUGCAUGCUGUCCCUGUCACCGGAGGAGAUUAUCGCCAAAAUCAAGAAACCACCGCCCCUGAUACGGCCCUCGGUCUCGAAGGGGGCGGCCCCACCGGAGGCGAUCAACAUUAUGCGCCAGUGCUGGGCGGAGAAUCCCGAAAUGCGACCCGAUUUCGCAGCGAUCUGUGAACGGUUCAAGCAGUUGAACCACGGGCGGAAGGUGAACUUUGUAGAUACGAUGUUCCAAAUGCUGGAGAAGUACUCCAACAACCUGGAGGAACUGAUACGCGAGCGCACCGAGCAGCUGGACGUGGAGCGGAAAAAGACUGAACAAUUACUGAAUAGAAUGCUGCCGAGCUCGGUGGCAGAGAAGCUAAAAUUAGGGCUAGCGGUAGAGCCGGAGGAGUUCGCCGAGGUGACGAUCUACUUCAGUGACAUCGUGGGCUUCACGACGAUUGCCGCCCACUGCACGCCGGUGCAGGUCGUCGAUCUGCUGAACGACCUGUACACCUGUUUCGACGCCACCAUCAACGCGUAUAAUGUCUACAAGGUGGAGACGAUCGGCGACGCGUACAUGGUGGUCAGUGGCCUCCCCGUGCGCACCCCGGACCACGCCGAGCAGAUCGCGACGAUGGCCCUCGACCUGCUGUCCCAGAGCGGCCACUUCAAGGUGCGCCACCUGCCGGGCGUUCCGCUCCAGCUUCGCAUCGGACUGCACACCGGUCCUUGCUGUGCCGGUGUCGUGGGCCUCACGAUGCCCCGGUACUGCCUUUUCGGCGACACGGUCAACACGGCCUCCCGGAUGGAAUCAACAGGUUCGUCCUGGAGGAUCCACAUGUCCCAGCAGACGUGCAAUUUGCUGGAGAAGGCGGGCGGCUACGUUAUCGAGCCCCGGGGGCCCAUCGAAAUCAAGGGCAAAGGCAAAAUGCACACCUACUGGCUGCUGGGCAAGAAGGGCUUCGACAAGACGCUGCCACCGCCGCCACCGAUCGGGGAGUCGCACGGGCUCGACGUGGCCAUCCUGAAGAACUCACUGUUCCAGUCGCAGCAGUCCAACGGCAAGGUCGGCAGCUGCCCGUCCAGCCACUCGCCGUCCGUGGCCGGGGAGUCGAUCGACGUGAAGGUGGAGAUAACGCCCCCGGUGCCGGUGACGAGCGGUGGCGACCAGGGCCCAGGGGGCGAGGGAUCCGGAGCCGCCGAGAAUGCCGUCCUCUCGACCUCGUUCUCCAUCGACUCGAGCUCGAGCAACAACACGUUCACGCUGAACCUGGGCGACUUCCAGACGACCAAGGCGACGCCACUGGCGAGCCCACAGCCCCGCAAGCUGUCCGAGGUCAUCUCGGACGGCUCGUUCCUCAACGCGAACGUCCACCUCGAUCGGCUGAACCCGUCACCGACCGCCAACUCGACGCGCCUGUUCAAGCGUAUCGAGGAGCUGAUCGAUCUCAGUUCCCCGUACAACUACUACAAGUGUCUCAGCCCGAGCGAGAGCAACCUGUCGCAGUGCACGGAGUCCCGCUACGGUAGCUACCAGCUGCGGUCGGACGCCAGCUGCUCCAGCAAGCCAGGAUCCACGCGCUUCCUGCGGCGUCAGUUCAGCCUGGACAAGGACGACGUGGCCGCCGGCCAGAAGUCCGGCACUGGCACCCUCGACGCCGUCUCGAUGUCGAUGUCAGUCGACCGGGAGCAGCUGGCCCGGAUGGGUACGCUCACGUCGAUACCGUCGCUCGGCUCAGGUUCGACAUCGGGUUCGAUCGGGUCGCAGGGCACGCAGAAGCAGCGCACCCUCACCAUGCACCACCGCCAGCAGUCGGCCAGCGUGGCCCAGGACCUGGAGAAGAUCGAGGAGAUCCCGCUGUCGCCGCAGGCUUACGCCCUCAACCACACCGGCUGCAGUAGCAGCAGCACGUCCAGCCUGCAGUCGGAACUCCCGGGCGACCAUCCGGGAAGGUCGGGCAGCCGGGCGGCGACGAUCCGGAAUGGGGCCAUCGAGCGGGCGCCGAACGGGAAGGAGCUACGGCUCAGCGUGGAAGCGCUCGGGCUUCGGUGA